CAGGCCCCCAUUCCCUCCAUCAUAUAAAGAAACUUCCCCGCGCCCGGCGGCCCAGUCGCGGUGCGCCCCUUUCCGCUGCCCGCCCGCCCGCGAGCCGGCGGCCCCAGCCCGCCGCCAGCGCCGCAACAGAGCCCCCAGAGAGCCGGUGCUCGGUGCUCGGGUGUGUGCAGAGAGGCGGGCUCGCUGAAGCACUCCAAAACCACCCCCAUCCCGACCCCCCAAGGCGAGUGGCAUGAACUUGGAGCCGGGUGAGUGUGGGAUGAACUCGGUGAGCUGUGGCAACGGGAAACUCCGCCAGUGGCUGAUAGACCAGAUUGACAGCGGCAAGUACCCGGGGCUGGUGUGGGAAAAUGAUGAGAAGAGCAUCUUCCGCAUCCCCUGGAAGCACGCCGGCAAGCAGGACUACAACCGCGAGGAAGAUGCCGCACUCUUCAAGGCUUGGGCUCUUUUUAAAGGAAAGUUCAGAGAGGGCAUUGAUAAACCAGAUCCCCCUACCUGGAAGACAAGAUUAAGGUGUGCUUUGAACAAGAGCAAUGACUUUGAAGAACUAGUGGAGAGAAGCCAGCUGGACAUCUCAGAUCCCUAUAAAGUGUACAGAAUAGUGCCAGAAGGAGCUAAAAAAGGUGCAAAACAAAUCAGCAUGGAGGAACAGCCAUUAAUGAUGAAUCACCCCUUUCCAAUACCUUCUCAUUACACUUCACUACCAUCUCAGGUACAAAACUACAUGGGGCCCCAUGAACGGAACUGGAGAGAAUUUGCCCCGGAACAGCCCCAUCCCGAUAUUCCCUACCAGUGUGCCAGCAUCCCUUUUGCAGCUCGCAGUCAUCAUUGGCAAGGGCCUGGUUGUGAAAAUGGUUGUCAGGUGACAGGAACUUUUUAUGCUUGUGCCCCUCCUGAAUCCCAGACUCCUGGCAUCCCGAUUGAGCCAAGCAUAAGGUCUGGCGAAGCCCUCGCACUGUCAGAUUGUCGGCUCCACAUCUGCUUGUAUUAUCGUGAAAUACUGGUAAAGGAGGUAACAACUUCUAGUCCUGAAGGCUGUAGGAUAUCCCAUGGCCAAAGUUAUGAGGUCAGCAGCCUGGAGCAAGUUAUCUUCCCUUAUCCUGAGGAUAACGGCCAGAGGAAGAACAUAGAAAAACUACUGAACCACUUGGAACGAGGAGUAAUACUGUGGAUGGCACCCGACGGCCUUUAUGCUAAGAGACUUUGUCAGAGCAGGAUCUACUGGGACGGGCCCCUCGCGCUCUGCAGCGACAGACCCAACAAACUGGAGCGGGAUCAAACAUGCAAGCUCUUUGAUACUCAGCAGUUUUUAGCAGAGCUGCAAGCUUUUGCUCAUCAUGGACGUCCACUGCCAAGAUACCAGGUUGCUCUGUGCUUUGGGGAGGAAUUUCCAGAUCCGCAGAGGCAGAGGAAACUGAUUACAGCCCAUGUUGAACCAAUGUUUGCCAGGCAGCUGUAUUACUUUGCUCAACAAAACAGUGGACAUCUUCUGAGAGGCUAUGAUUUACCAGAACUGGUGACUAGUCCAGAGGAUUAUCACAGAUCUAUUCGCCAUUCCUCUAUUCAAGAAUAAGGUCCUCAGAAUGACUGUUUUAAAAGGCACUGUAAAGAUUAUGCAGAGUGGAGGAGCAGAUCUGGAUUGCAAUUUGGAGAUCCGAAUCACAGCUGGAUGCGUUCAGGGAAUCAAGGGUUCAAUGAUAGGAAAGUGAACUAGAACAACAAUAUUGUAUGAUACAAAUGAUGGUUUUUCAGCGUUUGGAUGCUACAUCUCACAUAGAUUCCACUGUUGCUGGGAAUAACUCAAAACUGACAAAACAAUUGCUAUGUUUACGUUUGCUUAAUGUUCUCCUUGGGUUUUGAGGACUGAUUCUUAUCGAAGACUUAAAUCCAUAGUUUACACUGUUACAUUUACAGGGCUAUUUAUUUUGGAUUACUGAUCUCAGGGAAGGUACAGAAAUUUGCGGUAUUCCCAGUUUGAAACUGUAGCUACCAUAGAUGGGUAGCAAAUGUAGAUGGUUUUUUGAGACUAACUAUACAUGUAAGUGGUUAAAAAUUUAGCUUGAUAAGUGUGGUAGACAUUUUAUGCCUAUAUUCUUGUAUAGAAAUUUCCAUGUAUUUUUUAAAAACAAUGCAAUUCUUCAGAGACAUAUUUUUUUAAUGCCUGACUGACAUUUUUCCUUACAAUGGAUUUUGUUGCUGCCACUGUUAUUGGCCCCAUAACAGCAGUUUUUAAGGUGGUGAAUUUAUGGUACUGUGUGAAAAGUGACCAUUUAACUCAGAUUACCUGUGGAUUUAGUGGAUUAACCACUAAAAUUCUAGAGUCCCGAAGAGCAGGUUUAAAAAUAAAUCACAUUUUUUAAUGAUUGCAAGCUACUAUACAUUAUAUAUAUAUGCAUUAGAAUUAAGUUGGUGGACCUUCAAAAACAGCACAAAAAUGGUACUGCUAACCUUUCUUCAUGUCACAUGCAUGAGCCAAGUUAAAAUAACUACCACUUCUGCCUUGUACAGAGCCAAAUUCUGUUCUUUCUGUGUGCUCAGAGUUCCCUUCCGUUGGUACUGAAGUAAAUAUGAAGGAAGAAUUCAAGGAGAGCAGAAUUUGGCCUCCCAUACUAAGGCAGUCAAGUAAAUAUUUGUUUUUACUUUUGUUUUGAAAAGUUUUACAGAAGUAUAAUUUCAUGUGAUUUACAGCUCUUAUCUAUGAUGCCAUUUUAAAGGUAAAGAGAAGAAGAGGUCUAUUGGGUAUGUAUCUUAGUGAAAUUUUCCUUUGUGUUAUGCUGGAGAUCAGACCAGGUGAUCUUACUAGCUUUAACUCCAGAACAUGAUCCUCCCUGUGAUUAACAAACAUACUUCACUUGAUUUUCUAAAUGAGGAAGAAAAAAUGGUACUUGGUCUGGCAGCAGACUUGUGUUCUAGGGACCUUUAAUAUAUACAUCUUAAAGAUGCAUACUCUUUCGGGAUAUAUUAUCCCACUCCUUCUCCACAGUGCCAAGCGAAAUGAUGGAUCAUUUUUAUUUUUGUGUUCUUUGUUACUUGAAGUGUUUUCCUGGCUAACAGAUUUUCUUAAGGGAGACCUCUUUCUUAGAUAUUAAAAGCACUGCUUUAGGUGACCUUCAGAGCUUUUGUGUAUACUUUUGGCCUGUGCAUACGUUUUACUGAAUGGGACUUCUGCGUUCAGACUGCACUGAUACUAUACAAUUAUUUGAUGUGGUUUUCACUUUUUUCUAGUGGUCAUUGCUUCAUACGCUCAUUGCUUCAGCUCACAUCUUAAAAUAAAAUCCUUAUUCCCUACCAAUUUGAUUCGUAUGUGUUGUUUUCGGUAGCGGGGCACAUCUGACAGAUGCAGUUCUGCACAGCUAACCUGGGCAAGACCACUGGCUAAGUCUAUGGGGAACUAUGUUUUAAGUCAAAAGCGCAGGGAAAGGUCCAAGAGGUAAGGAUUUUUACUUACAAAAAUGUCUGCGAUAUUAGCUUAAUUAGUAGGAAAAGGGAAAAGGGGAGUUGCGGCUUGGCUGCCAGCGGCUGUUCAGUUCCUGUGCCGUGCAUAGUUUAGCCAAGUCCUGUUGUUGGAGAUGGGGUGCUGCUGUGCACCUCGGUGCUCUGCCUGGUGCCGCGCUGCCUCCGGGGGCUCGUGCCCCUUCCCAUGCAGCCCCAUGCUGUAACGUGCUCUAGCCCGUCCCUUGCCGAGCUGGGGCUUGGACCUUAAGGUGAUUUUUAGGAGUAGCUGUAGUUUUAGGAGUGCUUUCAAGUGAGAGGCAAUCCAGGAGAGGAUGAAAGGGAAGAUAGUAAAGUAACUGAAAUAAUUAAGUUAAAACUAUAGGAAUUAAUUUUGCAGAGCAGCUGUUGCUGGAAGUAGGGUGUCCUUGAGAGGCUUCAAUAGCUUGCAGACAGAGAAAACUGAAAAUUUUUUAAGAGAUCUGUAAAAUAUCUUUAGAUGGGGAGCCAUGUUUUUCUUUAUGUGGUAUCGUCUCCUGUGAGUAUCAAAGGUACAUUAUCAUUUUUGGCUUUGGAACAAGCUUUUAAUUAUUUUCCCUGAAAAAAAAGCAUGAUUUAAAGUCAGCAACUAUGAAGAGGGAGGGGGGAAGACCAUCAUCUAAGUUCUGGUCAAGCACAACUUGCUUAGUAUUAGUGUAGGUUAGCUCCAAGUAAAAGAUUUAUUUUAAACAAGCAAAGAGGUCCAAAUAUUUCUAUUGGGGAGUGUGUGUAGGGGGGAAGAGUGGAAGAAAAAUCAAGCUGUUGAAUGGAAUAGAAUAUUUUGUAAAGGAGGACGUUAAAGGUGUAUUUGAUUUGUGUGGCAAUCUUUUAUUGUUCAAAAUAACUAAUGGAUUCAUAAAGUGGGGAAAAAAAGAAAUAAAAGAAAAACCCUGAAAA